CGCACACACACACAUAAAAUCAAAAUAGAAAAUCUCCCACACAUCUAAACAGACAUAGAACCCUAAUUUCGUCGAUUCGGUUUUAUUUCAGCCUCUCUCUCUUUCUCGCUUUCUCUCUCUAUCUAUCCAAUACAAUCUCUCCCUCCACUCCCCUCACCGUCUCUCAAUCUCUCCCGCAUACAACCGUUACAUUUCGCCACCGCACCGAUUCCCCUCGGCCGAUCCGCCCCUUUCUGUUCUGUUGAAGGUUUUGAAAUUAGAAAAACGAAUAUGUCUCCUGCAUCUAGAUCUAAGUCCAAGGACAAAAAGGCUGGGAAUGGGAAGGAACCUCCAAAGGCAUCCGCAAAGACUUCAAGCCAUGCCAAUGUAAGUGCUGGGGUCGCAACUAGUGGGUACAAUCCUAUUUUGGGAACAUUCCAUGCACUGGACCCAGCUCCUGUGACUGCUGCUGCUGCUGCUGCUGCUGCCCCGAUUCAUGUUAAUGGCCGCUUCAAAAACAUAGACGAGACUGAUGAUCAGAAUAGCAACUCAUUUGGCACUGGUGUGGAGUAUGAUUCCGUCUCAAACAAUGGCAGUUGGUCUGGUGAGUCAGAAGACCACAAAGUGUCACAUCCCGCUCCCAAGCAAGAGAUAGUACCUGGUGCUGAUGGUGACAAGCGGGAAAAAAUCCGUCAAAAGAAUGAAAGGAAGCACCAGCGCCAAAAGGAGAGGCGAGCACAAGAACUGCAUGAAAAGUGCAGCGGCUAUCUCAUGUCAAGGAAGUUAGAAGCACUUGCUCAACAGCUUGUUGCAAUGGGAUUCUCUCAAGAACGAGCAACAAUGGCUCUUAUUCAGAAUGAAGGCAAAGUAGAAGAAUCAGUGGCAUGGCUGUUUGAAGGAGGUGAAGAAGCAGAUGAGCACAAAGAACAUGAUAUUGAUGGUGGUGGUAAUUUGAAAAUUGAUAUAUCAGAAGAACUCAAUCGGAUUUCAGACAUGGAAAAUAGGUACAAGUGCUCCAAGCAGGAGGUUGAAAGAGUUGUGGUUGCCUGUGAAGGCGAUAUUGAGAAGGCUGAAGAAUCUCUUAGGACACAAAAGCAGGAAAGUACUUUUGUGCCAUCAAAGACAGAAGAAACUGGUGAUCCUCCUACUGUGGGCAGUGGUAAGGUCCCAAACACUGCUAGUCAAAACUCAAUAAGUGCUGCUGUAAAACACACAUCUCCUGCUGCUAUACAGCAGAAGAGGGAUGACAAGGACUUCAAUUAUACAAAAGUCACAGCAACAGCAAAUUCUUCUAUAGAUCCUGCAAGCAAAAGUGUACAAUCAUUAAAAAGAGUUCAACCAAAAAUGGAGUGGGCCAAGCCACCACAAGUAAUUGUGUCUUCUGAUAAAAGGUGGCAGGGUGCACUGUCAAAUCCAUCUGCUUAUUCUUUUACUUCUUCACAAGCAUCCCCUUCUCCAGCUAAGACUGAAGCUCAGUAUGUGGCUGUUGAGAAUGAACUGAAGAACUUACAGCUAGGAAGCAUAAGAGAACCAGUUAUAGUCAUGCAACGGCCCCAAUCCAUCAAUGCAAAGCAGUUUCCACCAUCAACCAUGAGUUCAUCACCACCUGGGACUGCUGGAGGAUGGUACCCAAAUGGUGUAGAAACUAUGAAGUCCACUGGGAUGGUGCCACAUGUUCCAGGCCUAAGGAACCUUAGCCCAAAUACAAACCAAUUAUAUAACCAGCUUCAUUAUCAGCAGCAGCAGCAGCAACAACAAUAUGUAUCAACCAAUGGCGGCUCACAUGAAUCGCCAGGGACAAGCAGGGGAAACGGUAUGUGGAGUAGAACAGGUACAUCUCAGCCUCUGACACUUGCUGCAGCUUCCUCGCUUGGACUCUUCUCUGGGUUAGGUACCAAUGGGCCAUCGGGCUCAUCAUCUCCUGUGGACUGGAACAGUGGUUUUUCAAUGCCACAGCUAGAUUACAACAACAUAGACUGGAGUCUGGAUCGUAGGUCGUCUUCACCAAUAUCAGGAGGGCUAUGGCCAACGAUGAACUCACUUAUGCAAAACAACCACCAUACAUUCAAUUCAUUUACAAAUGGACUCGGGGCAAGGGUUGCUAUGAAACCUACUUUGUCGAGUGGGGAUGGUAUUUCAAUUCCUAGGUUGCAGGAUGGAAUAGCUCCCGUGGAAACAUCUGCUGGUGGGUCACGCGAAUGGACUUCUCCUUUUGAAGAGAAAGAUCUUUUUAGUUUACCCAGGCAAUUUGUUUCCUCUCCUUCACUGUAGGGAUGGGAUGGAUGGGGUUAACUUUGAUUGAAUAAAAGGAGAAAGAAAAAGACAGUAGAUGUGCUUGGAUUUGAUGUUGGUGUUGUUUAAUAUGAUAUGCUUUUGCCCCUGUUUAUGAUCGUCUGAUCAAAUCCCAGUUGAAAAAGAAUUAAAGCC